AGAUGCGCGGGCGCCUGCAAAUCGCGCCCUUCCGCUCUCACGAGAUCUCGCUGACGUCACAGCUCGUGGCCAUCUUGGACCCUGGCUAGGUAAUAAAUUUCGCCGCGCGACAGCACGCUCUUCCUUGAGACGCGCCUGGCGGGGAGUGUUUCUGCCUUCGCGUCCCUCUCGCUACCCUGUGGUCUGCGGCUCCCGCGUGGCCCGGAGCGAGGCCCGGCAGCCCGCGCUCGAGACCCGCGUCGCCAUGGCCGCGGUUCCCGAGGUGCUGCAGCAGCAGGACGAGGACCGAAGCAAGCUGAGAUCUGUAUCUGUGGACUUGAAUGUUGAUCCCUCGCUUCAGAUUGACAUACCUGAUGCACUCAGUGAAAGAGAUAAGGUCAAGUUUACAGUACACACCAAGACCACACUGCCCACGUUUCAGAGCCCAGAGUUUUCUGUUAUAAGGCAGCAUGAAGACUUUGUAUGGCUACAUGACACUCUUUCUGAAACUGCAGACUAUGCUGGGCUUAUUAUUCCACCUGCUCCUACAAAGCCUGACUUUGAUGGCCCUCGAGAGAAGAUGCAGAAACUGGGGGAGGGCGAAGGGUCUAUGACCAAAGAAGAAUUUGCCAAGAUGAAGCAAGAGUUGGAAGCUGAAUAUCUUGCUGUCUUUAAGAAGACUGUAUCCUCCCAUGAAGUCUUUCUUCAGCGGCUUUCUUCUCACCCUGUUCUCAGUAAAGAUCGCAACUUUCAUGUUUUCCUGGAAUACGAUCAGGAUCUAAGUGUUAGGCGGAAAAAUACCAAAGAGAUGUUUGGUGGCUUUUUUAAAAGUGUGGUGAAAAGUGCUGAUGAAGUCCUUUUUUCUGGAGUUAAGGAGGUAGAUGACUUCUUUGAGCAAGAGAAGAAUUUCCUCAUUAACUAUUAUAAUAGGAUCAAGGAUUCAUGUGCAAAAGCUGACAAAAUGACCAGAUCUCAUAAAAAUGUUGCAGAUGACUAUAUCCACACUGCAGCCUGCCUGCAUAGCCUGGCUUUAGAGGAACCCACAGUCAUCAAAAAGUACCUGUUGAAGGUUGCUGAGCUGUUUGAAAAACUUAGGAAAGUAGAGAGUCGAGUCUCCUCAGAUGAAGAUUUAAAGCUGACAGAGCUCCUUCGAUACUAUAUGCUCAACAUAGAGGCUGCUAAGGAUCUCUUAUACAGGCGUACCAAAGCCCUCAUUGACUAUGAGAACUCAAACAAAGCGUUGGAUAAGGCCCGGUUAAAAAGCAAAGAUGUCAAGUUGGCUGAGGCACACCAGCAAGAAUGCUGCCAGAAAUUUGAACAGCUUUCUGAAUCUGCAAAAGAAGAACUAAGCAAUUUCAAACGAAAGAGAGUGGCAGCAUUUAGAAAGAAUUUAAUUGAAAUGUCUGAACUGGAAAUAAAGCAUGCUAGGAACAAUGUCUCCCUCUUACAGAGCUGCAUUGACUUGUUCAAGAACAACUGAUCUGCCUUUUCUCUGAAUGAAGGAUAUGAAUGUGAAAGCCAGCAUCACUUGCACUUAAAUCAUUACCACAGAAGAUUUAUUACCUUUGACUUUACUUUAAAAUUAUGUUAAUAAACAUUUUGUUUUCUAAAAAUCUUAACACUUAACCAUGUUGGUUUAAAAAUAUUUCUGUUACUUGCUCCUUCAACAUAACUGAUCUUUUCUUUACGCAGUUAAUAACUCAAAAUGGGCAGAAUCUAAAAGUGGGUUCUCUAAUUUGUCUUUACUUAUGAAGAAAGGGUGCAGGAAAUAUGUGCCUUCUGGAAACAAGUAUAAGCAAUUGCCUGGCACAUGUAGUCUCACUAUUUCAUGUGCCCUUGUCCCUACAAACCAGUUAUUUUAGGGUAGGUGCCAGUUACAACAAAUAAUUCAGCUAUACUUGUCCUAGGUAACAAACAUUCCAUUCUUUAAUUAGGUAACUUUCCCCCUUACUCAGUUCUUUAGUAGUCAUGUUUGUGCUAUAACCAGCAAGAAUGCCUCAUUUAUCUUUCUGUACCCUUUGCAGCACCAUUUUUGUAGUUGGGAUAUAAAUAUUUGAGAGAAAUAUCUUAAGGGUAUAAAAAUCAAUUUGGUUUGCUUUAGAAAAUGGCCAGAUCAUCUUGUUACGAAAGAUGUGGGCGGUGGAUGUUUGUGUUUGGACAUUUUAUAAAGUGUAUAAUAAAAUAACAAACUAUGA